CCAUGAUGACGGCGACUGGAGGAGCGGAGACUUCUUACGUCAGACGAGGAGAAUGACAAGCGCGUCCAAUGAGGGGCCGAGGAUGUGCAGCGCGAGGACGGAGCUGCCGACAGAAAGGCUAAUAACCAUGCCAACCGAGGAAUAUAGCGCGCGCCGCUGACUGGGGAGAAAGAGAGGGGGGGAAACCCUAAAAGAAGAAAUAUAUUUAAAAACAAAUAUAUAUAUACACAUAAAGUGAAAGAUAAAGGACAAGAGAAGUAUCCUGGUUUCCUGCAGGGGGAAGAAGAAGAAGACAAGGAGCUGCUAUGAUUCUCUCCCUGGCCGCAGUAGCAGCCAUGAGUAGCGGCGGCGGCAGCAGCCUCAACUCCUCCUCCCCCCUCGACCCCUUCGACUCCUCCACCUCCUGGAGCCUAGCCGAGGACCCCUCCAACUCCUCCUCUGAACCCGUCGUGCGAACUCUGACCCCUGACCUCCAGCCGGCGACUACCGCUGUCGCCGUCCAGGAAGUCAACCCCUGGGAUAUCGCGCUCUGUGUGACGGGGACUCUCAUCUCCUGUGAGAACGCUCUGGUGAUCGCCGUGCUGUUCUACACGCCGACGCUCCGCGCUCCCAUGUUCAUCCUGAUCGGAUCGCUGGCGGUGGCAGAUCUUCUGGCCGGCCUGGGCCUCAUCUUGAACUUUGUCUUCACCUAUUUGGUCGACGGCUCGGUGGAGUUUGUGACGCUGCUGUCGGUCGGACUGCUCAUCUCGGCGUUCUCGGCAUCCAUCCUCAACAUUCUCGCCAUCACGGUGGACCGCUACCUGUCGCUGUACAACGCCCUGACCUAUCACACCGAACGGACAGUCACCUACACCUACGUGAUGGUGGCCCUCAUCUGGGUGCUGUGCCUCACGCUCGGCUUGCUGCCGGCGUUCGGUUGGAACUGUCUGCGGGACGAGUACACGUGCAGCAUCUGCUGGCCCGUCACAAAAAUCAACGCCGUGGCGCUCGCCGUCACCUUCCUGCUCGUCUUCGCCCUGAUGAUGCAGCUCUACCUGCAAAUCUGCAAGAUCGCCUUCCGCCACGCGCAGCAGAUCGCCGUGCAGCACCAGUUUGUGGCCAUCUCCACCACCAAAGGUGUUUCCACGCUGUCGGCCAUCCUGUGUGCCUUCGGGGCGUGCUGGCUGCCGUUUGCCAUGUACUCCAUCGUGGCCGACUCCAGCUACCCCGUAAUCUACACCUACGCCACGGUGCUCCCAGCCACCUGCUGCUCUGUGAUCAACCCCAUCAUCUACGCGUUCCGAAACCCGGACAUCCAGAAGUCGCUGUGGAUGGCCUGUUGCGGGUGCGUCCCGUCCAACCUCUCGCUCAGACCCAGGACCUCCAGUGAUGUGUAGCAGGGGAAGGUUGGUUUCUGUCUGGCAUGAUGCUCGACUGCCGAAUCAGGGUUGUAGGAGGGAGAGGACGAACUGGGAACAAGAGAUCAGGAGGCGAAAGGUAAUGGCUGAGGAAAGAGAUUUCCUCUACUCUUCAUAUCAGGGCUGGUAGGCUGAUGGCGAACGCACGGCUGGCCACAGUAAAAGUGGCAGUGGAACGUGUAGAAGCGAGGACAGUGCGUGGUCCAAAAAAAAUAAAAUAAUAGAGCUAAUACAGAUCAUGUGGCAUGGAGAAAAGCAACAGAGGGAUGGAUGAGAUGUGAAACCAACUGCGAAAAAACCGGAUGGAGGUUUCCUCGUGGUGAUUGUAGGAGAGGCUGGGGUGCGUCUUUUGACUUUUUCAACUGAGAGGAGUAAGGCCUACUUCUCAAGAGUAGCAUAUAUGUGACGGCGGGGUUUAGGAAGAAAUGUCCUCAAAUCUCUAAACUUGGGCAACACUGCAUGGUUAUGCAAUCAGAAGGAGGGAAACGGUCUUAAAAUACUUGUAUGUGUUUUAACUGAUGUGUUUGAAAUGAAGUGGCGUGUGGAUAAAAAUACAAUGAGCUAAAUAUAGACAACGAAUGACCUUGAGUAUUCUCAAUGAGCUAUCUUUGCAGGCAUCUCCUGACAGAAAACAAAACAAAAAAAAAAAAAAAGAAUAUUUCCUCCCUUGAACAUACUGUAACAACGAUGUUCCCCUUGAUCUGAUGCAGAUUCAGUAAUAAGUGAGUUUAUAGACAGAGAGUGCAACAAUAAUUCAUUCUUAUGUGCUGAGAUUGAAAUUAGAUGGUGUUCACUGACAUCGGUAGUCUACCGGGCCCAUUUUCCCAACGCCAACAGCACAGUCUGCAUCUUGUCAAACACAUUUUGCACAAGUGCGUGAAGUUGGCGGAAAAAAACUGUCGCAACUGAGAGAAACGGCUCCUCAUCACACCCCCUAAAAAUUCUAUCUAAUCUACCCGGCUCCUAAUGCACAGAUAACACUGCUAGUUUGCAAAACCUAGAGAGGGAUAUCCAAAUUUGGGCCACCGUGUCUUUCCUUGGUGGGAUGAAAUCAAAUCUGCUCCCCAGUCUAAGAAAAACUCAGCCAGCCGCUGUGCCGUGACAGUGAAAGCAGAGAGAGCUGAAUUCAGCACCAAGGACAGCGCCACUGCAGAGCGCAGCCUGCUACCCUGGGAAUGCUCUUGCGCGGG